AUGAAGGACCCAUUCCCUUUGCCGCCUAUUGCGUGGCUGUCGGAAAAGACACAGCCAUGGGCCGACUACUUUGACCUUCCAACUCUGCCGUUGCACAUUCACGAAGUCUUCGCUGCUGCGUUGCUAUACUCGGUCAUCUUUUGGCCAAUCUCACCAUGGAUCUCAAACCUUUUAGCCCCAGAGCACUACUCAAAGCUGUCCCGUAAGCGACGUCUCAACUGGGAUGCCCACGUUGUUUCAAUGGUCCAGAGCUGCCUGAUCAACGCUUUGGCUAUCUGGGUCAUGUUCGUCGACACUGAGAUGAGUAACAUGCAAUGGGAGGAGCGCAUCUGGGGCUAUACUGGUGGCGCCGGCUUCAUUCAAGCCCUUGCGGCAGGGUACUUUCUAUGGGACCUCGUGGUUACAAGUUUGAACUUUGAUGUCUUCGGUGUGGGAACACUCGCACAUGCGGUUGCUGCUCUUCUCGUGUACUCACUCGGGUUUCGCCCAUUCCUCAACCACUAUGCCUGCGUCUUCAUCCUCUGGGAACUUUCCACUCCUUUCCUCAAUGUUCAUUGGUUUAUGGAUAAGCUCAACAUGACCGGUUCCAAGGCACAGCUGUACAAUGGUUUUGCGCUCCUUUUCACUUUCUUCUCCUGCCGGCUUGUUUACGGAACCUACUCUUCUUUCCGUGUCUACCGCGACGUCUGGUCUGCCAUCAACGUGAACCCCGAUAUGAAGGCCCUCAUGAUGCCCACCAUGUCAUUCGCACAUCCAGACUCGACAGUGCCUAUGUGGAUCGGAGUUGCUUAUCUGGCAAGCAAUGUUACGCUAAACAGCCUCAACUUCUACUGGUUCUUCAUGAUGAUUCGCGCUGUCCGAAAGCGCUUCGAGCCAUCCUCGGAAUCACAAGAGAAGGUCGAGGAAAGCCCACUUACAGAGGCUGAGAUCGACUUCUCCUCCGUGGCAACAGGUCCAUCCAAAGUCAGUGGCGGUCGCCGUCGCAAGGCUUGA